AUGGGAAUCAAGGUGGAUAUUCCAGAAUUCGAUGGAAGGCUGAACCCUGACGACUUCAUUGAUUGGCUGAGCACUGUUGAACGUGUUUUCGACUUGAAGGACAUACCUGACAACUUUAAGAAACGAAUCCAAGAGGGGAGGUCCAAAGUCGAGACGUGGGCCAAGAUGAAGAAGCUACUACUUGACAAAUUUUUACCAACAACUCACCGCCAUGAAUCAUUUUUGGAGUACCACAACUUGCAUCAACAAAAUUCUAUAGUGGAAGACUUUAUUGCUGAGUUUGAACGAUUACAUAUGCGCUAUGGGGCCGAAGAACAGGAAGAACAAAUUAUUGCCCGGUUUUUAGGAUCAUUACGAUCCGAGAUCGCUGAUGUGGUUCAACUCCAACCCUAUUGGUCCUUCACAGACGUGUGCACUUUGGCACUGAAGGUAGAAAGACAAAAUAGAAACAAAAACAAAAUCAACCCAACCAAGCUUGGUGCCACCAAACCUGACUUGUUCCGAACCUCGUCAAGCAAACCAUCCAAUAACGUUACUAAGACCAGCCCAUUCAAAAUUGAAAUAUCUAAGUUAAACCGGUGUUUCAAAUGCCAAGGCAUAGGCCACUUCGCAAGGGAUCGUCCCAAUCAACAGCUUGUUACCCUCAUAGAAGAUUCUCAACCUCUCUAUGACAUCGAACCUCUCUAUGACACCGAACAAGAAGAAAAAGAGGAAGCGGUGGACGAAAUUAUUUAUCCAGACAAGGGUGAAGCAUUGGUGGUACAACGAGCCCUCAGCGCCACACCGACAUCAACAAGUGGCAACAUUUUAUGGUUGCGAAACAACAUCUUUCGCACUAAAUGCACAACCAAGGGUAAGGUGUGCACCCUGAUCAUCGACGGAGGGAGUUGCGAGAAUAUGGUGGCUACUAGCAUGGUAGAAAAGUUGGCAUCAGAUGUUCAACCCCACCCGGAGCCGUAUCAAUUAACAUGGCUAAGAAAAGGAAACGUGGUCAAGGUUAGUCAACGAUGCUUGGUAAAAUUCUCAAUUGGUAAUCGAUACUCCGACGAAGUGUGGUGCGAAGUCAUUCCUAUGGAUGCUUGUCAUGUACUCUUAGGGCGACCUUGGCAAUACGACAGGCACACCAAACACGACGGGUUCAAAAAUACAUACUCAUUUCGAAAAGACGGAGUCAGCAUCACCUUGGCACCCCUUGAAACUCGUGAAACAGGGACUGAAGCAUUAAUUUUAACAAAAUCCGCUUUUCUUGAUUUCAACCGUCACAUGACACCACCGUUUAUCUAUGCCCUUGUGAUAGCAGAACAAAACAAGCCACGGGCGACAACACCAAUAGUUGUUCAGGCUCAUCUUGAUGAAUUCCAAGAUGUGUUUCCCGAUGAGAUCCCAACGGGUUUACCUCUCAUGAGGGAAAUCCAACACUAUAUUGAUUUUAUUCAUGGGGCGACAAUACCAAACAAACCUGCGUAUAGAAUGAAUCCUAAGGAGUUAGGCAAUCGUAUGGACGAAUCUAAGGUGGAAGCCAUCACGACAUGGCCUACACCAUCAUCAGUUCACGAGGUUAGAAGCUUCCACGGGUUAGCUUCAUUUUACAGACGUUUUAUUAGAAAUUUUAGCUCUAUAGUAGCUCCCAUCACUGAUUGCAUCAAAGGAAGCCAAUUUAAAUGGACAUUGGCAGCUAAUAGCGCUUUUGAGGAGUUGAAGAAAAGAGUGUCUCGAGCACCAGUACUAGCACUACCGAAUUUCAAUCUUGCCUUUCAAGUUGAGUGUGACACUUCUGGUGUUGGGAUUGGUGGUGUCCUCAGCCAAGCUGAUCGCCCCAUUGCCUUCUUUAGUGAGAAACUCAAUGAAACCAGGCUCAAGUAUAGCACUUAUGACAAGGAGUUUUAUGUCAUCAUUAGGAGCUUGGAGUAUUGGCGUCACUAUCUUUUACCUAGUGAGUUUGUGUUAUAG